AUGUUAUUAGGAAAAGUUUCAUUUGCGCAAAAGAAAAAUUACAAAGACACAUUAAUUGCUAAGCAAAGUGAAACAAUUCAUAUUCUAAUUGAAACCGAAUAUACAGCACUUGUCAUUCGGAUUAAUGGCAAUCGUGAUCCAUUGGUCGUUUAUAUUGGAAAGCGACUUGAUAACAGUGCUGAAUAUGCAUCGAUUCCUAGCUAUGAUGCCAAACAACAAAACGGUGAUUAUACAGGACUCUAUAGUUCUGCUUAUACACCUAGUGGUACACGAAAUUUACUCGAGCCUGCUAUUCAAGUCGUUCAUGCUGAUGGAAAUCCAUCGUUGGACUUGAAAUAUGUUCGUCAUCAUCAGAACGUAACAAAUCAAGUAAAUGGGAUCAAACAGACCACAAUCUAUUUCAACGAUACUAGUUAUCCAUUCGAAGUAAUUCUUUAUUAUCGAGCGUAUUACAAGGAAAAUGUCAUCGAACAAUGGACAAGUAUUAAACAUAUGGAAACCAAUAUUGUACGCUUACAAAAGUAUAGCUCUGCUAAUCUCUAUUUCACAUCAGCUCACAGGUACUAUCUCACUCAUUUUCAUGGCGAUUGGGCACAAGAAAUGCAACCGGAACAAAUUCAACUCACUGCUGGUAUGAAAGUAUUAGAUUCGAAACUAGGUACUCGAGCUGAUCUUUUUCAAGCGCCUUCAUUUUUGUUGUCAUUGAAUGAACCGAUAAACAACGAAGAUGAUGAUUAUGGUGAAGUGUUUUCUGGUACACUCGCCUGGUCAGGAAAUUAUCAACUACAAUUCGAAAUCGAUCCACUGCACAAUAUGCGUCUUAUCGCCGGCAUAAAUCCAUAUGCUUCGGAAUAUUACUUGAUUCCCAAUAAGGAAUUUGUCACACCUAGUUUUAUAUUUACUUAUUCACAUCGUGGUCUAGGUCUGACUAGUCGAAAUUGGCAUCGUUGGGCUAGAAAAUAUCGUAUUCCAAUGGGUGAAAACAAUCGUUUAACACUACUCAACAAUUGGGAAGCAACUUAUUUUGAUUUUAACGAAGAGAAGUUGACUUCAUUGAUGCAAGAUGGCAAGAAUCUGGGUGUUGAUUUAUUCCUUUUAGAUGAUGGUUGGUUUGGUAAUAAAUAUCCGAGAAAUAAUGAUCAAGCUGGUUUAGGUGAUUGGCAAGAAAAUGUUCAAAAAUUGCCGCAUGGUAUUGGUCAUUUGAUAAGCGAAUCUAUAACUAUAGGAAUCAAAUUCGGUAUUUGGAUUGAGCCAGAAAUGGUCAAUCCAAAGAGUGAACUGUACGAGAAUCAUACUGACUGGGUAAUUAGAUUACCCAAUCGAUCAGAAUACUAUUUCCGAAAUCAACUCGUACUAGACAUGUCAAAUCGAGAAGUACAAGACUUUGUCUACAACACGGUUGAUCGUCUUUUCACUCAACAUCCAAUGUUAGCAUAUGUUAAAUGGGAUUGUAAUUCUGUUAUUUACAAUGCUUAUUCAACAAGCAAUUCUUAUCAGUCUCAUUUGUACAUUGAUUAUGUUCAUGGUCUAUACAAUGUUCUCGAUCGUCUACGAAAUAAAUAUCCUACGAUACCGAUGAUGUUAUGUUCGGGUGGUGGAGGACGAGUUGAUUAUGGUGCUCUUCAAUAUUUCACAGAAUUUUGGCCAAGUGACAAUACAGAUGGAAUCGAACGAGUAUUCAUUCAAUGGAGCUAUUCAUUCUUUUUUCCAGCGAUUGCUACAUGUAAUCAUGUGACUAAUUGGGGAAAACAAUCGUUAAAGUUUCGUACUGAUGUAGCAAUGAUGGGCAAACUAGGAUACGAUAUUGUUGUGAGCAAACUCGAUUCUGAUGAGCUCCUAUUUAGUCAACAAGCACUUCGUAUCUAUGAUCGCCUUAAAAAUACUAUUUGAACAUCAAUAAUCUAUGGUGUUGGCAAUGGUGGAGCUAGUGCAUAUGAUAAAAAACUACUAUUCACUACAAGUAUCUUUGAUAGAUGGAUUCGAUUUAUGGCUACAAGAGGUACUGUAAUACUUCUAACAUCACCAGGAAUGAAUUAUUGUAUUGUUUUUUUUUGGCAAGAUGGUCCAAUGGAACAUUACCGUCAAUAA